CGCGGGUACUGCACGUUAGUUGCGCGUGUGGUAUCUGGGGAAGAGAAAGUUGCGGGUUGAGUCUCGCGGAUCCGUCUUCGUGACUUACUUCUCGGAAUGAAGAUCGAGGAGGUGAAAAGCACCUCGAAGACCCAGCGCAUCGCCGCGCACAGCCAUGUCAAGGGGCUGGGGCUGGACGACAGCGGGGCGGCCAAGCCAGCAGCUGCCGGGCUGGUCGGGCAGGAAAACGCACGGGAGGCUUGUGGUAUUAUUGUGGAGUUGAUCAAAAGCAAAAAGAUGGCUGGCAGAGCUGUAUUACUGGCAGGACCUCCUGGGACUGGCAAGACUGCUUUGGCUCUAGCUAUUGCUCAGGAGUUGGGUAGUAAGGUUCCCUUUUGCCCUAUGGUUGGAAGUGAGGUGUACUCUACAGAGAUAAAGAAAACAGAAGUCUUGAUGGAAAACUUCCGAAGAGCUAUUGGGUUGAGAAUAAAAGAAACCAAAGAAGUUUAUGAAGGUGAAGUCACAGAAUUAACUCCAUGUGAAACUGAGAACCCUAUGGGAGGAUAUGGCAAAACCAUUAGUCAUGUCAUUAUAGGACUAAAAACUGCCAAAGGAACAAAACAGCUGAAGUUAGACCCCAGCAUCUUUGAAAGUCUGCAAAGAGUGAAAGCCGGUGAUGUGAUUUACAUUGAAGCAAACAGUGGAGCUGUCAAGAGGCAAGGCAGAUGUGACACCUAUGCAACAGAAUUUGACCUUGAGGCUGAAGAAUAUGUCCCCUUGCCAAAGGGUGAUGUCCACAAGAAGAAAGAAAUUAUUCAAGAUGUCACCCUGCAUGAUUUGGAUGUGGCCAAUGCCAGGCCUCAGGGCGGGCAGGAUAUUCUCUCCAUGAUGGGACAGUUGAUGAAGCCUAAGAAAACGGAAAUCACAGACAAGCUCCGAGGAGAGAUCAACAAGGUGGUAAAUAAAUACAUUGAUCAAGGCAUUGCUGAGCUAGUCCCUGGUGUGCUCUUUGUGGAUGAGGUUCACAUGCUGGAUAUUGAGUGCUUCACGUAUUUGCACCGAGCACUGGAAUCUUCUAUUGCUCCGAUUGUCAUCUUUGCUUCCAACCGGGGGAACUGUGUAAUCAGGGGUACAGAAGAUAUACUCUCUCCUCAUGGAAUACCUCUGGACCUUCUGGACAGGGUAAUGAUAAUUAGGACCAUGCUGUAUACACCACAAGAAAUGAAACAGAUCAUAAAGCUUCGUGCCCAGACAGAAGGUAUUAAUAUCAGUGAGGAAGCAUUGAACCAUCUUGGAGAAAUUGGCACCAAAACAACAUUAAGGUAUGCUGUGCAGUUGCUCACUCCAGCCAAUCUGCUAGCGAAGAUAAAUGGAAAAGACAGCAUAGAAAAGGAGCAUGUUGAAGAAAUAAAUGAACUCUUCUAUGAUGCCAAAUCAUCAGCAAAAAUCCUGGCUGAUCAACAGGAGAAAUACAUGAAGUGAAGCUGUUUGUUCCCCUUUUGUAGUCUUAAGAGGCUCAUUUUAAUCCUCUUCAAGUACUUGAAAGAAAAGCAAGAGAACUGUUAAUUUUGGAUUGAGAAGUACAUGAAUACAAAAAACACACUUUCACAGUGGGAUCUAGAAUAACCUGUGUUCCUACUUCAUGUAGACGAUGAGAUGGAAUGCAGUGAUCUCUUAGACUGUAGUCCUUUGGUGGUUCCUACUCUGUGUUCCUGUAUGAUGAGGGUGCAGAUUGGCACAGCCUUGUGUUCUUCUUUUGAUUGCUAAAUUGCUUAGAGCUGAGCAGGGUGAUUGUCUGUUUCUUUUCAGAUUUUGUUUUUAAAACAGCUAGGGAGAGGAUGGAAUUUUUUUUUAAAAAAAGUUUUACUAACAAGCAUGUUUUGGUAUGUGUCAAACCUGUGAUUUUGUAAAAAAAAAAUUCCUGUAAAAGUCAGGCUUUACUUAUUCUCUGGAACCAAAACAUGGAUGACAUUCAUUUGGCAUGAAAGUUUUUUGCUUUGUUUUGUGUUGCUGUGAGUGCAGGGCAGCAGUCUUUAGGUUGCUAAAGGCCAAAUUUGCGCACCGUGUGAAUCGGCUCCACCUUGCAUUUUGCAAGGGACAAGUUAUUGCCUCUGACCCACAGUAGGACAACAAGAGGGUUGAGAGCUUUGUUGUCUCUUGAUUAACUGAAAUUUGCCAGUCACCUGGGUCAGGCUACCAUUUAAGGGCAAGUUGUACUCUGCAUAGAGCUGUCCUGUAUUCAUUAUUAGAGAUGGGCAUGAAGCUAAAAAAGGUGGUUCAGGGUUUGGGGUGGCUCACAGAUCGAACCCCGAACCAAACAGGCCCCACACAAACCAAACUGGUCUGCAAGUUUUGUUCCCCCUGGAAGGGACUUCCCUUCCACCUUUCU